AUGGUAUUUGUUAAAAUUAAAAAUAAAUGGAAUGAAAUCGAUAGUUACUUUAAAUGUUGUUACGAUAAUUGUAUAAAUACAAACAAUACUAUUGGUUAUGAUAAUUAUGUUCAUAUUUAUGCAGAAAAUUCGUUCAAAAAGCCACAAAAUUCUUCUACUUAUUCUUUAUAUUAUUUUGAAAUUAAAAGUAAAUUUGAAAGAGAAUUAAAAGGUAGCGAAUCAUAUAUGCAAAUUGGUCUUAGAAAUUGUAGUACAACCAAUUAUAUUUACUAUUAUGCAAAAUAUGGUGAAAUAAAUAACGAAAGUGUAUCAUUUAUACUUUCAACAUUCUCUUGGAAUAAUAACGAUAUUUUUGGUUGUGGAUUAGUUUAUCCUCCAACUAAUAAAUUAAAUGAAUUUCCAUAUGUAUUUUUUACACAAAAUGGAAAGCAAAUUGGUAAAGGUGUAUUAUUAAAGAAAAAAUCCGAUUUAUACAAACCGCGUGUUUGGCUGUAUUGUUGCUCAAUUGAAGCUAAUUUUGGAAAUGAUUUGGAAUCUAAGCCAUUUACAUAUGACGUCUCAAAACAUUUAAUCAUUAAAGAAUUUUAUUGA